AUGUUUUUUCUCAGGCGUCUGGGGAAUGUUGUGUGGACUGAAGUGCAAUCUUCUGUGUCAUUCAUAAAAUUUACUUCCUCUUCAUUGGCAAUAAAUUGUUAGAACUUAACUUAAAUGAAGCUAUUUAAAUGCAUGGAGCUCGAAGGCAGUUUCACAGGUGUGGGGCUAGCCAACAGAAAACUGGGAAAUUUGGCCAAGCCCACUGUGAUUAUCAGCAAGAAGGGGAAUUAUAUGACCAUAAGAACUGAAAGUGCCUUUAAAAAUACAGAGAUCUCCUUCAAACUGGGCCAGGAGUUUGAUGAAACCACAGCUGACAACAGAAAAACCAAGAGCAUCGUGACGCUGGAACGAGGAUGGCUAAGACAAGUGCAGAAAUGGGACGGUAAAGAGACAACCAUAAAGAGAAAGCUGCUGAAUGGGAAAAUGGUAGUGGAAUAUAUGAUGAAGGGUGUGGUCUGCACCAGAAUUUAUGAGAAGGUCUGAGAAAAUGACUGCAUCAUUCACCUGGUAUUUGUCUGUCGAAGAUUAGAAAUCCUUCAGCAAGAGGGGAGUUUGUCUGGCUUUUGCAUUUGUCUUAAUAUAUCCUGUAGGCAAAGGUUAAAACUGGGGAUUAACCUCAAAUUGUUAAUUUAGACAUUUUCCAUUUUCAUUCAUGUCUUACUAUGUUAAUCCUUCUGUAUUGGCUAGACACAAAUAGUCUAUAAAAAUCACUGUCUGCUAAGUUACAGCCAAGGUUGUGCUCAUAUAUGGUUUGAGAUAAUGAUAAAAAGAAGUAAUCAAUUACUAAAAGAAAGUAAGAAUGUUGAUCUUGGCAGUGAUAAAUGUCUCCAUGGGGUCUGGGCCGUUAUGAGGCAGGGGCAAUCACAAAGAAAACAAAAAAGAGGAUGAGCUGUUUUAAGCUGGGCAGUUCUAGUUUCAGCCAACAGGAGCAGGCUCCAUUCCAUUUCACCCAAAGUUCUGUAAUACAUAGACACAGAGAUACACAGCUAUCACAACAAUCCAAUGUAUUAUGACAAGUUCAUGUACUUACAUAGCUCACAUCCCGGCCAAGAUAAACACAGUUCCUUAAUCUUAGCUUCGUUGGCCCUCCUCCCCAAGUACUAUCUUGUUCUGCCUCAACUCACCAGAAGCAAGGAUGGUACUGACUUGGUCCUAGAUUAGCUUUGCCUAAAAUAGAAGCAGACAUCAUGCAUUCAUUUCUGUUCCCUUUUAAAACCUAGCAUGAUGUUUUUUAGGUUCACCCAGAUUACUGUGUGUAGUGGUAAUUUGUUCCUUUUUAUUGAUGAGUAUUAUUUCAUUGUAUAACUGUCAUUUUAGUUAUCCAUCCUUCUAUUGAGACAAUUGGGUUAUAACCAGUAUUUGUAUAUGAUGAAUAAAGCUGCUACAUUCUUGUACAA